AUGAUGAGGGGCAUCUUUGCUGUGGCAAAGCCAGUAGGCAUUACUUCUGCUAAAGUCACUAACAUAAUAAAGGCAGUAUUAGUGAAAGAGGCUCUAACAACUGACCCAGACGCUGGGAAAAGGCGCGGUUCGUCGAAGAUCAAGGUGGGACACGGAGGAACUCUGGAUAAGGGAGCUUCAGGCGUGCUGGUAAUAGCCGUGGGCGAAGACUGCAAGAGGCUGUCGGCUUUUCUGGGCUCUGACAAGUACUACGAAUGCGUUGGAAAGCUCGGGGAGGCUACAGAUACUCUGGACAUGGACGGCGAAGUCGUACAAGAAACUGCAUGGAAACACGUCAGUGCUUCUGGCUUGUCCGAGGCACUGAGGACUAAGUUUACUGGAAAAAUAUCUCAAACGCCACCAGUUUACUCUGCACUCAAACACAAGGGGAAGAGGUCAUCUGAUUUGGCAAGAAAAGGGAUUGUUUUCACUCCUGCCGAGCGGGAGGUCACUGUCUACUCUGCAAGGCUGAUGGAAUUUCAACCACCUUAUUUCACAAUAUCGGUCCACUGCUCUUCCGGAACUUAUAUCAGGAGUAUAGUCCAUGAUCUAGGGCAGAGUGUUGGCUCAGCGGCGCAUGUGAGCAAACUUUGCCGAACAAAACAGGGACCUUUUGAUCUAAGUCAGGCGUUAUCCGAAAGCGAAUGGACGUACAGCAAGAUAUGUAGACUAAUAGAGAAAAAUAAUGAUCGGUUCUGA